AUGCUCGAUACCGCGGGGCAGCGGCCCAACGCUUUAGCGCGGCCUGUCCCCUUGAUUAAAUUAAUAGACUCUUUGAAUGCAAAUAGGAGGCACGUAACGAGACAAUUCGUGAGGCGUCGCCACACAUUAACUGGUCAUAGCGGAAAAGUCAUGGCAGCCAAAUUUUUAGAAGAACCCACGAAAGUUAUCACAGGCAGCCAUGAUCGAACGCUUAAAAUCUGGGACCUAAGGAGUAGAAUGUGCACGGAAACGAAGUUCGCAGGAUCUUCGUGCAAUGAUCUGGUGACAUCAGACGGUGCCGGCUCCACGAUUAUUUCGGGACAUUUCGACAAGCGGAUAAGAUUUUGGGACAUACGCACCGAAAUGUCGGCCAAUCAUAUCAUGCUUCAGGGGAAAGUCACCUCCCUCGAUCUCAGUAGAGACAGCAAUUAUUUAUUGGCUUGCGUACGCGACGACACCAUACAACUAAUAGAUCUGCGAAUGAACACCAUCGUCCGAUCAUUCAGCCACGAGUCCUUCAAGGUCGGCUGCGACUGGUCCAGGGCGGCGUUUGGGCCUGGCGGCAGGCUACUCGCGGUCGGUGCGGCUGACGGCUCCGUCUACGUGUGGAACACGCACACCGGUAGACUCGAGUCGAUACUAAAGGAUCACUCGUCAGCAGUGACAGCCGUGUCGUGGCAUCCGCAAUCCGGACUCCUGGCUUCGGUGGACCGAGGCAAGCGCGCCCUGGUGUGGGGCGACUUG